AAGGCCACGUUCUAUGCUCAAUUGCAGUGUCGCUCUGCUGCGCCCCUCGCCCCUCACCUUCUCACCCGCUGUUUCACACGAUGAGUUCCGGUGGACUCGGAGGCCUCAACAAGUCGCCCAACGGCGUCGUCAUUGGCUGCGUCCAGCUUCAGCUCCCGGUGGUCACGACGAAGUCUGACCUCGCGGCGCAGACGGACAGAAUCGUCAAGAUGGUGGGCAAGGCCCGUCGUAACCUCGGCACGAUGGACCUGGUGAUCUUCCCGGAGUACUCUCUGCACGGCCUGUCGAUGUGUACCGACCCGGAUAUCAUGUGCAGGCUGGACGGACCCGAGGUGGCCGCGUUCAGGGCGGCGUGUGUCGAGCACAAGAUUUGGGGUUGCUUCUCCAUCAUGGAGUACAACCCGGAGGGAAAUCCUUACAACACAGGGUUGAUCAUCGACGAAACCGGGAAGAUUGUUUUGUAUUAUCGCAAGCUCCACCCGUGGAUACCCGUGGAGCCUUGGGAGCCCGGCAACGUCGGCAUCCCUGUGUGCGACGGGCCGAAGGGGUGCAAGCUCGCGCUCAUAAUCUGCCACGAUGGCAUGUUCCCCGAGAUGGCUCGCGAGUGCGCGUACAAGGGCGCGGAGAUUAUGAUUCGAACCGCCGGGUACACCGCGCCGAUUCGUAAUUCGUGGCGCUUCACGAACCAGGCGAACUCGUUCCAGAACCUCAUGGUCACCGCGAAUGUGUGCAUGUGCGGUAGCGACGGCGACUUUGACUCCAUGGGCGAGGGGAUGAUUGUCAACUUCGACGGCGAGGUCCUGAGUCACGGCUACAGCGGAAGACCCGACGAGAUCAUCACCGCGGAGGUUCGCCCCGACCUGGUGCGCGAGGCGAGGAUCCAUUGGGGCGUCGAGAACAACAUAUACCAGUUCGGCCACCGCGGGUACGUCGCCGUGAAGGGCGGCGCGACUGACUGCCCGUACACGUUCAUGAAGGACCUGGUCAACGGGCAGUGGAACCUGCCGUGGGGCGACGACGUGGUGCACAAGGACGGGGCGAGCUGCGGGUUCGGGCCGCCCACCAGGGAAUACAAGGGCGAGGAGCCGACACCGAAGAUGCCCGAUUGAGCGCCAGAACGUUGAAUUCGUACCCCAUCUGCAUGACUGUCCAUACGUGGGCGUCAGACCGAAAUCGCACAGAGGGUCGAGAAGAUGCGCGGGAAGGGACAUCAUGUCUGCUCGGCGGAGAGCUGGCGUAUCACCUAGCGGCUGCCUAUCUUAAAACAUGCGCGGCUGGCAGCUGAACGCGUGUGGUGACCAGGAUGUGUUAGAAUGCCUUGCUUUCUCGAAGCGGCAAGUGUGUACAUAGUAAAUCGUGUUCCUGCUCGUCUCCAUUCAGAUUAAGGAGCGCUCUUAAGCACAUUGGUAAUAGAAAGGCAGUGCGCGUGCGAAUACUUCAUCAUUGAGUAGUGUUGCAUAUUGGGCACUGUGUUUCACUAAUCGCGCAGCGCUUCCUUCUCAUUGACGCAGUUGUGUCCUGGCACCCUUGGAAUAGACAUGGUCCCUGCCAGAAGCUACAUCAUCGCUCAGACCUGUCUUUCCGCAGCUUCCGCCUCACCUGCCAGACGCGGGUGGCACCAAGGGCGUGAGGAAAAGUGUUAUUCCUGCCGCUAGCCGUGAUUUUCUAGCUUCGCGUGGUGAUUUGCGUUUGGUUAAAGACUCGACAUUUGGUCAGGCAUGUUUGCAUUGGCGGUGUCUGAUACGUUGCACGUAUCGUUGAGCACGGGUGUUGUGUUAUUGCUCGUUUUGUUCAUGACGCUCAGAGGGAACGCACGGGUCUGACCCACGGCUGAGUGGUGGCCCCGUUAUCAUACUUGGCCUUGCGUCCCGCGGUUAUACCGAGUCUGAGUAUACCGUUGCUAUUACUUUGGAUGUUUUUUUUUGUCGCGCGGUUCUGGCCGAAAUCUUAUUGCAACCCCGG